AAGCAAUUUAAUCAAGUGAUGGAGAUUUUUAGAACCUCGGGUUUCAUUCGUUCGUUUCAUACUUGUGCCGUCAAUUGUGGAAAGCGAAAUAUUAGGAAGUUUCCAUUUUACAAUAAAGCUGGCACCAGAGCUUUCAAGGAAAAACAGAUGACUUCAGAGCGUCAGUUCCUGGUUGAUCAUCUUGGCGUUAGACCUGUUGGGGAAAUGGUCAACGGACGGUUGCGAAUUAUUCCUGAAAUGGUUCCUGAACUUGUGGUUCCCGAUUUAUCGAAUUGCGAUUUGAAACCGUACGUUUCGUACCGUGCUCCGGAAGUCACGAAUGCCGAAUUUACGGCAAGAGACUUGUUCGCCACUGUGUAUAGUGACAAGAUCAUCGAAGAUUUCCGUGAAGGAAAAAUAAAUGAGGAUGGAAGUCCGCUUCAUCCGAGUGCGGAAGAGCGUUUAAAACCGGAUGAAGCCUGGGCUAAAGCCAGACAAUUUGGCUCGGAUAUUUUUCCGGCAGACGCUAGUCGAAUUCCUGAUCUCAACAGUGAAGUCCCCGAGUUGACAAAUCCUGAAGACAGCCGUCCACCAGCUCGAUAUCAUGAUCCAACUAGAGUUCUUUGA